AGUCACCUGUAAACGCGCGCGCUCCUCACUCCUCGCGCCUGCGCUCUCCGUGACAACUCGACAUCGAUAUUUAUUACGCAAAAAUGGUAGACAAAAAGAUGCAGCACGAAAUUAAUAUUACUCACAUAAGCGGCAGCGUCGUGUCCGACAUUCAUGAGAUCAACAGUUUGUCGGGCACGCUGCCGGACACCAAGAAACAAGAAGCCCACAAUGGAGGACAUCAUGUUGUGACACAUCCAACUUCAUACGCAGAUACUAUGCUGCACCUGUUCCGAGGCAACAUAGGUACGGGCCUGCUGGCUAUGGGAGAUGCCUUCAAGAAUGGAGGCAUCGUAUUCUCGCCCAUCGUCACGGCUCUACUGGGAAUCAUUUGCGUUCACGCUCAGCAUUUACUGCUGAACUGUUCAGAAGAGAUGCAUCGGAAGUCAAAACGCGACCGUGCUCCAGGGUUCGCAGAGACUGUAUACCUGGUGUUCGCUAGUGGACCCGUCAGCUGCCGAAGUAUGGCUACCACCAUGAAGAUUUUAGUCAACGGGUUCCUCUGCGUCACACAGCUGGGAUUCUGCUGUGUUUACAUUGUAUUCAUCGCGAAUAAUGUUAAAAUGAUUUGCGACCAAUACAACAUACACAUCAGUCUAUCAAUACACAUGCUAUUUGUGGUGUUACCAAUUAUGCUGGCAUGCAUGGUCCGUAACCUCAAAUAUUUGACGCCGUUCUCUACCAUAGCUAAUAUAAUGAUGGCUUUUGGAGUCGCCGUCGUGAUUUACGCAGCCACCCAGGACUUGCCAGCUGUGGAAACUAGGGUAUACAUGGCGUCCUGGCAACAGCUACCUUUGUACUUUGGAACCGCUAUUUACGCUUUUGAAGGAAUUGGAUUGGUCCUUCCUCUGAAGAACGAGAUGAGCAACCCUGAGAGUUUCCAAAAGCCUCUGGGUGUGUUGAACGUAGGCAUGGUAGUGGUCGGCAGUAUUUUUAUCACCGUGGGUUUCUUGGGCUACCUCAAAUGGGGCGACGAAGUGCUCGGCAGCUUGACCCUUAAUCUGCAACCAGGAGAAGUUCUCAGUAACGUGGUUCAAUCUCUGAUCGCGCUGGCGAUUUUAUUCACAUACCCACUGCAGUUCUACGUGCCCAUUGCCAUCACCUGGCCGGCGAUCGAGAAGAAGUAUGGUGCUACACACCCCGUGGCCAAAGAACUGGGAUACAGGGCUCUGCUUGUCAUACUGACUUUCAUUCUGGCGGAAUCAAUACCCGAGCUAGGACUCUUCAUAUCGUUGGUGGGAGCGGUGAGCAGCACAGCCCUGGCGCUGAUGUUUCCCCCUCUCUUGGAGCUGGUGUCCACGUCACAGAAGCCCGGGGGAAUCCCAACACAUAUCCUCAUCAAGAACUGCUUCAUCAUUCUCUUAGGAUUGUUCAUUUUCUCAACGGGAACGUACGAGAGUGUUGCAUCCAUUGUUAGGGCCUUUCAGGUAUAGGAUCAUUUAUUUAAGAAAACCGUAUUAAGUAUUUUGUAGGCUGUCUUUAAGGCGUUGCUGGUCUCAGUUUUUGAGUUGCCUAAAAUAUUUUAUUUAAAGUAAUCGAAAAACUUGUACAAUUUAUGAAUGUUAAUUAUUUGUACUGGUAAUUAUUUGCCAAAAUAUUUAUGUAGAAGCCAGAAUUCACAACACACCCUUUACAAUCAGUUCUCAAAAGUAGCUUAGCAACCAGAACUUCAAAAGUCAUUGACCAAUUCAAAUUUUCAUUUUUUUCUAUGUCUUGUGUAUGAAUCUUCCUCAUCAAUCUUCCCCUUCACUGUUAGGUUUAUUUGACUGUUUUCAGCUAUCAAUUUAUCUCUUUCAAAUUACGCGUGACUUUGAAUGUGUAAAGCCACUUUUGGCUUUAACUAUACUUCUGUAAAAGAAAAAAAAAGCAAUUGACGAAAACGAGUCAGAAUAAUAAAAUGGCAUUUAAUUAAUUUGUUAACGAAACGAUAUCAGAA